ACAGUUCGUUCAGUGAGACCGCAGUCGCGUAGCGGUCAAGGCUGACGCGGCGAACGCCUGCGCCUUACAUCGACUCAACGAAAAAAAAAAGUUACAAUAAAAAGCGCGCGCUCGCGAAACUGUCAAAGUUAUUUUUUUUAAUUAAAGUUAUUUCUAUUAUUUAUUUUUUGAGUAAAACAUAAUAUUAAAAGACUAAAACUGAGCUUGAUUCGUUUGUCUUGAGUUGUUAAUCAUCGGUUUUAGUACGAAUAACUGUUAAAUCCUCAGUGCCGGUGGAUAAUGAGUUCGCUGUGAUUGUGAGAGUUCGUCUUGGUGGCCGUUAAACAGGCCCCACACCCGCGUUUUUGACACAAAACAUGCAACAGUCAUAGCGACAGACACAAAGACAGUCAAAAUGGGUCCUCCAAUAAGUGCUUGGCCGUCGAGGGACAUGAGAGUGCAAAAUAUACCGAAUGAGAGUGACGAGUUAACGCAAAAGUGUUUGUUACGAUACCUAAACGUUUUCCGAGUGUUAUGUAUAAAUUUCACAUUUGCAUUGUUAUUAUUUCAAGUGUUUUUCGGUUUUAACCCCGUAAGGGCCGGCCCAGUGAUACUCAACAUGGAUUAUUCACAAGGUCCAGUGCCACUAGCUAGAAAUAUAAGACAUCUACCCUGUAUAUCAAGAAGAACAGGGCAGGAGGGUCUUUGUAUGUUCGCCAUAGAUUGCCUCAAAGCCAACGGGUCUCACCUAGGGACCUGCAUAGACAGGUUCUACUUUGGAUCCUGCUGCCAAAUCCCUGACAAAACCAUUCUACCACAGAUCAUAGGCAAUAACAUUGAAGACAAUUCAAUAGACAGUGCAAACUUCGUCCACCCUCAAAUAGAAGACAAACUCCACACAGCGAGCAGCAAGAUCCCAGAUAUAUUCGGUUCUAAAAAAACUACAACGACUACAACAGAGAAAAUCGAUAAUACAGUAACUGAGAAAUCUGAAGUACUCGAUAGGACAGAAGCGAUUGAUUUAGAAACGAAAUCGGAUGAACAAUCGACUAUCGAUAACAAAAUAUCGAAUGACGAUGUCAAGUUCACUACAUCGGCUGUUGUAGAAACUACUGUGAGAACUGAGAAUAAAAUCACAGACGCACCGGUUACUGAACUACCAAUGAAGCUAUCAACGUUCCAAACGGUUUCUAGCGAAAAUAACGUUGUAACUGAGAAGCCACAUGAAGAAGAAGUUACUAAAGUUACAACAGCAAAGCCGAAACCUACUCGGAAGCCUUCAAGGCCGACUUUCAGGCCUUCAUCGCAAAAGCCAUACAACCACACACGACCUCAAUACACCUUGUCCACGUACAAACCAAGGCCUGUGAAGCCAGUAUACAAUACUACUAGAAAACCUCCUUACAGGCCUCCAAGCAAGAGACCAUCUACGAAGAAACCUUUACCAAUCCCUCCGAGAUUGAACAUAACAAUACUACCUCAGUCAACUAGCUCAAAACCAAUAUUCACUCGACCAUCAUCAGUAUCAAUCACCUACAUCAACACCACAGUUUCAUCAUCAACAACUUCUGAACCAACAACUACCACUACAACAACAACAACCACAGCACCACCACCAACAACUGUUCUAACAACUCUAGUGACAGAGAAAGUGGUAGAAUCGACUCAACCAACAGCUGAAGUUGAGAAAACAACUCUUUCAGCUCCAACUGAGACAGAGAAACCAGUUGAUAAAACAACCAUUUCAGAAGCAACCAUUGAAACUACUCUUACCGAAGCGGUUAAGGAGACGACAGUACAAGCUUCCGAAGCAACUGAGGUGGUUUCGUCUACCGAAGCGGUGCAGGUUACAGAAGCAGGGGUGGUUACUGAAGUAUUAACCACGUCGCCACCUGCUUCUCCUGCUUCGACUGAACCAGCUAAGGUUGAAACCUUGACCACUUUGGAAGUGACUACUAAAGCGGCUGAGAAAGUCACUGAGUCUGAUGAAAAAUGGCCAACAGAAGGUUGGGUGCUAAUAUCGUCAAUCCCACCACAAGACACCACAUCAACAACAACAACUACAACACCAGCUCCUACAACAACCACUACAACAACAGCUGUCCCAACAACAACAACAACCACUACAACAACAGCUGCCCCUACAACAACAACAACUACCACUACAACAACAACAACAGUUGCACCGUCAACAGAGCAACAAACAGUGCAACCGCCUUCAACUACAACUACAACUGAGGCGCCUUCAUCAACUGUAACAACACAACAACCCAUUUUAGAGUUCACUGUCAACGUCACUCUAUCUCCUACCAUACCGACAACAACUCCAAGCAUUGGUUUGACCACGUUCACUUCAGUUUCGUCUGAUAAUGUAACUGAAAGUGUAAGCAAGAAUGAGACCACUUCCAGUACUACUGAAGCUGUGAAACCUUCAGAAGAAACCACCAUAGCGACUACGUUACUUCCUGAAACCACAACUGAAGGUGUCAACAUGUCUGAUUACAAAAAUGUUUGCGGGCGAAGACUUUGGCAGGCUCCUCAAGGACGAAUCGUCGGUGGAACAAAAUCUGGCUUCGGGCAGUGGCCGUGGCAGAUCUCCCUGAGGCAGUACAGGACUUCCACGUACCUUCACAAAUGUGGAGCUGCGCUACUGAAUGAAAACUGGGCCAUCACCGCCGCGCAUUGUGUUGAACAUGUUCCACCAUCAGAGCUCCUGGUGAGGCUGGGAGAGCAUGACCUGGCCCAGAGCGACGAGCCCUACGGCUUCGUGGAGAGACGAGUGCAGAUCGUGGCCAGCCACCCACACUUCGACCCAGCUACCUUCGAGUACGACCUGGCUUUGCUACGGUUCUACGAGCCAGUGACCUUCCAGCCGAAUAUCCUGCCGGUGUGCGUGCCGGACAAUGACGAGGACUUCGUUGGGAAGACUGCCUACGUCACAGGGUGGGGACGCCUGUUUGACGAGGGUCCCCUACCCAGUGUACUCCAAGAGGUACAAGUGCCAGUGAUCAACAACACAGCCUGUGAGGCCAUGUAUCAGGCGGCUGGGUACAACGAACAUAUACCCAACAUAUUCAUAUGUGCUGGUCGAAGCAAAGGCGGGGCUGACUCUUGUGAAGGUGACAGUGGAGGUCCAAUGGUGGUCCGAAGGGAGAGAGACGACCGUUUCGUCCUGGGCGGCAUCAUAUCCUGGGGCAUCGGGUGUGCGGAACCCAACCAGCCUGGAGUCUACACCAGAAUCUCAGAGUUCAGAGAUUGGAUCAACCAGAUAUUACUCUUCUAGACAUUCUAGAUCAUGGUAACUGUAGAAAGUUUUAAUCAAGGAUUUUGAAUCUUUUUCUCUAUUGAAGGAUGAAAUGCGAAUAGUCAUUUCGUCACCCUCCCGGCUAACUGUCCUAACUACCAAUUGAUGUUUUUCCAGGGCAAUCGUUUUUCGGUCGGGCGUUACAGUUAAAUUACUGUAGAUGCAUUAUUUGUGGCUUUAUCAAUGAAUUAAAAAGUUUUUAUAUAGGUCUUGGCUUAGUCUUUAAGUUUUUAGUCGCCCUAAAGCCCUAAGGUAUCUAUUUAAUGUCAGUGAGAUACGACAGUUAGCGGAGAGGGCGACGAAUUGUCCCAUAUUCCAUGAAAAAUAAUGGGGGGAAUGAAAUUGUAACGGUAUUAAAAAGGGGUGAAUAGAUAUGGAAAUGGGGGGAGGAAUAAGUGUAAGACAAUUUUCCCAACAUUUAUUUACCCCUCGAAUUCUAUUUACCCUAUUAUUAUGGCACUUACUAACUUACACAAUAUAUUUACAUAUUUGGUAUUAACACAUUGGCCUUUUUGAAAAAUAAUGGUUGAUUAAGAAAGUUGUGUAACAUUGAUUUGAAAAUAAUGGGAGCUAACCGUAUUUUUGUUCACCAGAUGGCACAAAUGUCGUAAGUUUUUUGUCCAAUCACUGCAGCUGUCAUAUAUUCAAUGUCCAAUGGUGUGACAUUAACUAAUUCCCUAUUGGACGAAAUAUAAAAGGCUCACACUAACGCCAUCUGUUGAGCAAAAACACAAUAUUGAAUCCAUGGUUCAUAAAACAGUAAAAAAUACUGUUUUUUGGGAUUUUUUUCGAAAAAUGUCCUUGUCAUAUUUUUGGAUAAACAAUUCUUGAUGAAACCUAUAUAAAAAAGUCAGAAAUAAUGUUAAAUUAAAACUAAAAAUUUACCUAAAUGUUAAUAAUUUAUUUAUUGUGAGUUAAAACAUCGUUUCGGGAACGAUUAAUGACAAUAAUUGUUUGUCAAAUUAAUUAUAAUUACUUUGCGUAGUAAUUAUGUCCAUACGUAAUUAUAAUUCUAUUGAUAUAUUAAUAAGGAUGGCUGUUUGUCUACCCCGUAAGAGAAAUCGGAUUUAUUGAGACAUAUCAAGAGACCACAAGAGACUGCCACGUUGGUCGAGUGGUCGCAAGUGGGGUCUCGGGUUUGCGGGUUCGAUUCCCGAGUCGGGCACAAUAUUACUGGGCUUUUUUCGGUUUUUUGAAAAUAUCUCAGUAGUAGCACGAAGUCUGGAAUUGUGCCCGGUAUAUGGCAAUAGGCUCACCCCUAUUACAUGGGGCUUAUAACACAAAUGGUGAAAAGUGAGUGUACAUUGUACAGUGGCAUUACGUGCCGUAAUGUGCACCUCAGCCUACCCCUUCUGGGAUAAAAGGCGUGACGUAGUGGGAAAAAUGUCAAUGGGUUCGAUUCCCGCACGGAACAAUUUUUUAUGUAUAAUCCAAAAAAUAUUGUUCCGAUUGAUAUGAUCCGCAUAUGAAAUAAUAUAGUAUUUAUUAAAAAUAAAUAGUAUUUGGUUCUUAAGAAAUUCAGUAAAACCGUAGAGUUCUACACAAUAUUUAACUUUUUUUCAUAUUUUUUUAAGAUUUUUCUUUUUUCUUAAUGGGGCAUUAUAGGCAGUGAAUGGACCAUCCAUAUUGAUAUAUAUUAAUGUCAGUAUAACUUAGAUAAAAGGAAAUAUACGAAUUUAUAUUUAAAAUCUAGUUAAAAUAGUAUUUUGUAAAAAUUUCUUUUUAAUUAUUUAAGUUUAAAAAAAGUAACUGCCAACGGCAUUUCGUAUAGUAGAUAUUUAGAAAAAAAAACACUGAGUUCCAAUUCCUGUUUUCAACUAAAAUUUUAGAAAAAAAAUAAAGUAUUUUAGAAAAAAAAAUAAGUAAAUUGUAUUUUUUUUUUUGUUAGUUUUAGUAUUUAAUUUAUUUUCUUUAGCGAAUUAUUUGUAAAUAUUUUUCGAUAACUUACCUAUUAUUAUUAUUAUUUUUAUAUUAUGAAAUGCAUUUAUUAAUUUUAUUUAAUUAGCCAUAAAUUAAUAAUUAAUAUCGAGUGCUGAUUUUAUGAAUUUAUUAAAUAAUUUUUAAAAACGU